AUGGACGAAGCGUCACAUCUCCCAAAUGGGAGCUUGAAGAACAUGGAAUUUACGCCUGUAGGAUUUAUCAAAUCCAAGCGAAACACCACGCAAACACAAGUUGUAUCGCCUACUAAGGUUCCAAAUGCCAAUAAUGGUGAUGAGAACGAAGGCCCUGUUAAGAAAAGGCAGAGAAGAAGCAUUGAUGAUACAAUUGACUCCACAAGGCUAUUUAGUGAAGCUUCACAAUUCGAUGACAGCUUUCCAGAAAUUAAGGCUAACAUUCCGCCUAGUCCAAGGUCAGGCAAUGUUGACAAAAGUCGCAAGAGAAAUUUGAUUGAUGAUUUGAAGAAAGAUGUGCCAAUGUCUCAGCCCUUGAAAGAACAAGAAGUAAGAGAACACCAAAUGAAGAAAGAGCGAUUUGACCGUGCUUUAGAGAGUAAAUUACUAGGAAAAAGACACAUAACAUACGCAAAUUCUGAUAUUUCUAAUAAGGAACUUUACAUUAAUGAAAUCAAGAGUUUGAAGCAUGAAAUCAAAGAAUUAAGAAAGGAAAAAAACGAUACUCUCAAUAAUUAUGAUACCCUUGAAGAAGAAACAGAUGACUUGAAGAACAGAUUACAAGCGCUGGAAAAAGAGCUGGACGCCAAAAAUAAAAUUGUGAAUUCAAGAAAAGUAGAUGAUCAUUCUGGAUGCAUAGAAGAACGUGAACAAAUGGAAAGAAAGUUGGCUGAAUUAGAAAGAAAACUGAAAACUGUGAAAGACCAAGUGCUAGAAUUAGAGAAUAAUAGUGACGUACAAAGUUUAAAAUUGAGAUCUAAGGAGGAUGAAUUGAAGAAUUUAAUGAAUGAGUUGAAUGAAUUGAAGAGCAAUGCAGAAGAAAAGGAUACACAGUUGGAAUUCAAGAAAAAUGAACUGAGGAAACGAACAAAUGAAUUAAAUGAGUUGAAAAUCAAGUCUGAUGAGAUGGAUUUACAACUAAAACAAAAACAAAAUGAAUCAAAAAGAUUAAAAGAUGAAUUAAAUGAGCUUGAAACCAAAUUCAGCGAAAAUGGUUCUCAGUCUUCUGCAAAAGAAAAUGAAUUGAAAAUGCUGAAAAAUAAAAUAGCCGAGCUAGAGGAAGAGAUUAGCACGAAAAAUUCACAGUUAAUCGCAAAAGAAGGUAAGUUAGCAUCAUUAAUGGCUCAGCUAACUCAAUUGGAGAGUAAACUUAAUCAAAGAGACUCCCAGUUGGGCUCAAGGGAAGAAGAAUUGAAAAAAACAAACGAUAAGCUACAAAAAGAUAUCAGGAUAGCAAGAGAGGAAACAGUUUCAAAGGAUGAACGGAUAAUUGAUCUUCAAAAAAAGGUUAAACAGCUAGAAAAUGACUUAUUUGUGAUAAAAAAAACGCACAGUGAGUCUAAAACUAUUACUGAUAAUGAACUAGAAUCUAAAGAUAAACUUAUUAAAAUUUUAGAAAACGAUUUAAAGGUUGCACAAGAGAAGUACUCUAAAAUGGAAAAAGAGCUCAAAGAAAGGGAAUUUAACUAUAAAAUUUCCGAAUCAAAGUUGGAAGAUGAAAAGACCACGCUAAAUGAAAAAAUUUCUAACUUAGCCGCAGAAAACUCACAGCUAAAAAAUAAAAUAGAGGACAAUUCGACUGCCACUCACCAUAUGAAAGAAAACUAUGAGAAGCAGUUAGAAUCGCUAAGGAAAGAUAUUGAAGAGUACAAAGAAAGCGCAAAAGAUUCUGAAGACAAAAUUGAGGAACUAAAAAUUAGGAUUGCUGAAAAUUCUGCUAAAGUAUCGGAGAAAAGAUCAAAGGAUAUAAAACAAAAAGAUGAACAGAUCAGCGACCUCACUCAGAAUCUAAAACUACAAGAAGAUGAGAUAAGCUCAUUAAAAUCCAUAAUUGACAGGUACAAAAAAGAUUUCAAUCAAUUGAAAUCUGAACAGAGUAAUAUCCAACAUGACCUAAAUUUACAAAUACUAAAUCUGGAAAAUAAGUUAAUAGAGAGCGAGGAUGAAUUAAAGUCACUAAGAGAUUCUCAAAAAAUUGAAAUAGAAAACUGGAAGAGAAAGUAUAACAAUCUUUCACUGGAAAAUGACAGAUUGUUGACAGAAAAAGAAUCCGCAUCAGACAAAGAGCGCGAGAUAUCCAUCUUGAACAGAAAACUUGAUGAAAUGGAUAAAGAAAAAUGGAACUUACAGGAAUCUAAAGAAAAAUAUAAACGCGAACUACAGAAGGUGAUUACUGCUAAUGAUCGUUUGAGAAGAGAGAAAGAGGAGUUGAAUGAAAACAGCAAUAAUAUUCGUAUCAUGGAAGACAAGAUGACUAGGAUAAAAAAAAAUUAUUUGAGUGAAAUCACUUCUUUACAAGAGGAAAAUAGGAGACUUGAAGAACGCCUCAUAUUAAAUGAGAGGCGUAAAGACAAUGAUUCAACUAUGCAAUUAAAUGACAUCAUAAGCUAUUAUAAAUUGAAGUAUCACUCAGAAGUAAGACACAACAACGAUCUUAAGGUGAUCAAUGAUUAUUUAAACAAGGUUCUUGCUUUGGGGACCCGUCGUUUAAGAUUGGACACAAGGAAAGGUGAGCACAGUCUAAACAUUUCACUUCCAGACGAUGAUGAACUAGAUCGUGAUUACUACAAUAGCCAUGUUUAUACAAGGUAUCAUGACUAUGAAUACCCGCUUAGAUUCAAUUUAAACAGAAGAGGUCCCUAUUUCGAACGCCGCUUAAGCUUCAAAACAGUUGCCCUUUUAGUGCUUGCUUGUGUGAGGAUGAAAAGGAUUGCUUUUUACAGGAGAUCAGACGAUAACAGAUUGCGAAUACUAAGAGAUAGAAUUGAGAGUAGCAGCGGGCGUAUAUCUUGGUAG